UAGACAGCUACAAAUUGACAAGAUAGUAGCAAAUGUAAUAGGUGGUGGUGACCAAUGUAACAUUCGUAUUUCUAUCAGGCAAUAAAACGGCCACCUUAGCCUUCGGGUCCUUAAACACACCGAUGUCUUCUAAAACAACCUUGGAACAGCGUUCGAGAAAGCAGAAGACAAAAUGCAUAAUAUAUUGAGCAAGGUUAUUGGUCCCAAGUAUAUUGCCAUUGCGAGAAUGUGGGUUCCCACGUUGGCUGCUUGGGGCACAACUGGUGGAGUGGCCCUAAUUUACUUCACUGACUGGAGGCUGAUUCUGGACUAUGUCCCCUACAUAAAUGGCAAAUUCAAGAAGGAAGAAUAGCUUUUCCACGCGAUAAGCAUGGAUAUAUUAGAGGAAAUUGGACCAGCACCCGAUGAUAGGCCUACCCGACAGAAGAGUUCUGAUUGAAAUGGAGAGACGUUGUUUCCAGUGGUGUUGGAUUGAUUGGUGUUUGCCAUUGUCAAUAAAUGAUAUGCAUAUGUA